AGCUGAGAGACUGGAAGGGACAUCAUGCGUGAGUGUAUCUCCAUCCACAUCGGCCAGGCAGGAGUUCAGGUCGGCAACGCUUGCUGGGAGUUGUAUUGCCUGGAGCACGGGAUCCAGCCGGAUGGACAGAUGCCGAGCGACAAGACCAUCGGAGGUGGCGACGACUCCUUCAACACCUUCUUCAGCGAGACGGGGGCGGGAAAGCACGUCCCGCGGGCCGUGUUCAUUGAUCUGGAGCCCACGGUGAUCGAUGAAGUGCGGACCGGCACAUACCGGCAGCUCUUCCACCCCGAACAGCUCAUCACCGGCAAGGAGGACGCGGCCAACAACUACGCCCGCGGACACUGCUCCAUCGGCAAGGAGAUCGUGGACCUGGUCCUGGAUCGCAUCCGGAAGCUGGCCGACCAAUGCACCGGACUCCAGGGGUUCCUCAUCUUCCACAGUUUCGGGGGCGGCACCGGCUCGGGCUUCACCUCCCUCCUCAUGGAGAGACUCUCCGUCGACUACGGCAAGAAAUCCAAGCUGGAGUUUUCCGUCUACCCGGCGCCGCAGAUCUCCACGGCAGUGGUCGAGCCGUACAACGCGGUGCUGGUCACCCACUGCACCCUGGAGCACUCCGACUGCUCCUUCAUGCUGGACAACGAGGCUAUUUACGACAUCUGCCGGCGGAACCUGGACAUCGAGCGCCCCACCUACACCAACCUCAACCGCCUGCUGGGGCAGGUAGUGUCGUCCAUCACGGCCUCGCUGCGCUUCGACGGCGCCCUCAAUGUGGACCUGCUCGAGCUCCAGACCAACCUGGUCCCCUACCCACGCAUUCACUUCCCGCUGGUGACCUACGCGCCCCUGAUCUCGGCCGAGAAGGCUUACCACGAGCAACUGUCCGUGUCGGAGAUCACCAACGCCUGCUUCGAGCCGGCCAACCAGAUGCUCAAGUGCGACCCCCGCCAGGGCAAGUACAUGGCGUGCUGCAUGAUGUACCGUGGGGACGUGGUGCCCAAGGACGUCAACGCCUCCAUCGCCACCAUCAAGACCAAGCGCUCCAUCCAGUUCGUGGACUGGUGCCCGACCGGAUUCAAGGUGGGCAUCAACUACCAGCCCCCGACGGUGGUGCCUGGGGGCGACCUGGCUAAGGUGCAACGAGCCGUCUGCAUGCUGAGCAACACCACCGCCGUCUCCAUGGCCUGGACCCGCAUGAACCUCAAGUUCGACAAGAUGUACGCCAAGCGGGCCUUUGUCCACUGGUACGUGGGGGAGGGUCUGGAGGAAGGGGAGUUCCAGGACGCGCGGGAGGACAUGGCGUCGCUGGAGAAGGACUACGAGGAAGUGGGCAUCGAUUCGGCGGAUCUGGACAAGAAGGCGGAAGAGGAAGAAUGAAUGUUGUUGUAUAUCUCGAAAGAUUAGUUAUUUUUAAUACUGGUGUAAAUCUAAUUUAUGAAAUUAAAUAUAUUUGAGACAUAGUUUGGUAUUGCGUCCGACGUAAAGGCACAAUUGCUUAAUGUCUAUAGUUUCAUACCGUGGAAACAGACCCUUCGGCCCAACUUGUCCAUGCUCACCAUGCCGCAUCAUCUCUGAUCAUCCAAUUUGUCCACGUUUGGCGCAUAUCACUCUAUCCAAUUCUUCGACACGAAACUGCAUACAUAUCCUUUAAAUGUUACUGUACCUGCCUCUUCUAGAUCACCUGGAACCUCAUUCCAUGUACCCACCACCGCCUGCGAGAUAUAUGUCCCCUCGGUUUCCGAUAACUCUUUCCCCUCUCAUCUUGAUCCUAUGCCCUCUAGUUUGUGAUUCAUCUUUGGUGCUGAAGGUUUCUGUGCAUUAACUCCAUCAAUGCCGCUCAUGGUUUCAUAUACCUCCACAGCUGUCCUUACUCCAAAUACUUUUCAUCUCAAGCCUACGAGUCCUGGCAUCGUAAAUCAUCCCAUCUCACAAAUCGUCACUGAUGUAUCUCGGGAUGGGGAUGGUUGUAAAGAUGGGGAUUGGUCAUUGGGUGAAGCAAUCAGUUUCUUGAAAGAGCACGGGGUCCAAGGAUCACAACGUUCCAGUCAUUGAAACUCCUUGUGCUGACGGAGCGGGCUGACUGGGCGCCGACAAUGGGAGAGACUCCAGUGUUCAUAGACUAAAGAACAUACCACAGUACAGCACAGGAACGGAUCCAGCGGCCCAUAGGGUUUGCGCCGAACAUGCUGCCAAGUUAGACUUAUCUCAUCUGCCAGUACAUGAUCCAUAUCCCUCUAUUCACGGCACUUCGACGCGUCUAUUGAAAAGCCUUUCUAACUUCACGAUCCUUUCUGCCCUACCAACACCCCAGGCAAUGCGUUCCAGGUUCCCAUCACACUGUGUAAAACGUAACUACGCCCCACAUCUCCGUUAAAAUGUCUCCCUUUUACUUCAUAGCUUCCCCUCUGGGGUUACACAUUUCCACCAUGGGAAAACUGCUGUGUCUAUCUACCCUAUAUCUUACUCUCAUAAUGUUUAUUCCUCCGUCAAGUCUCUCUUCAAGCUCGGCAUUCCAUAAUGAACUAUCCAAUCACGUUACCACAGCCCCCUUUAUUUUCUCGGGUCUUGCCUGCGCCUCAUGUUUUACUUCGCGGUUUCCAGCUCUGAUUCCAGAAUUCCCAGUUCGGACCCAACCCGGACUAUAGGUUCCGACAGUCGAUCUGGCAUUUCAGUCGCCGAAACCUACCAGAUCUCCC